GCCCCCCAACCCCCCUCUGUGCAGACCAUUUGCGCAUGCGUGCAGGACGCCGCAGGUUGUUAAAGUAUGGCUGUUGCGAUGCAAACGGAGGAUUUCCCGUACCUCCCCUCGGGGCUGGCAGAGGUGAAUAAGAUGAUAAAGGAGCACGGUGACCUGUUUUCUGACUCUCAGUGUAAAGUCUGCAGUGCUGUCCUCAUUUCAGAGUCUCAGAAGUUGACUCAUUAUCAGAGCAAGAAACAUGCAAACAAAGUGCGGCGUUAUUUCACGCUCCAAAACGAGAAGGAGACUGCCGUCAAAAAGGUCAAGACUUCAUCCGACAGCGACUGUAACAAUGGAGAAACAGAGCGCUUUAAGAAGUGUCUUAUAUGUGACAUGAUCUUCUCCUCUCCUGUGGUGGCCGAGUCUCACUACCAGGGCAAAGUUCACGCCAAGAACCUGCGAAUGAACCCAGCCGUAACCUCCCAAACGCAGACACCAGCUCAGCCAAAGAAGAAGGUGGCAGAGGAUCUGAGCAGCGUGCAGGUGACAGGAGGCAACAACAACAACAACAACCACAACCCAGACAAAUUCUGCUCCAUCUGCCAGGCCUCCUUCAACAACCCGCUCAUGGCCCAGCAGCACUACGUGGGCAAGAAGCAUCGAAAGCAGAUGACCAAGCUGAAACUGAUGGAGACAUACGGCCCGUCCACCGCGCCAGCAUCCACGCUAAAGGGCUACCCGUGCACCAUCUGUGGCAUUGAACUGAACUCUGUGGAGCAGUACCAGUCUCACAUCAGUGGAGCCAAACAUAAGAACCAAGUGAAGAAGUUAGGUCUGAACGCUGCAGGGGGGAACCAGGAGGCAGCAGAACCGUCGUUUGAGGGUGACAUCACUGCAGAAACCCAGUUCAGCAGCAGCAGAGCGCCUGCAGAGGAGGAGCAGUAUGAGGCGGGGGAGGCUGAAGAGUACGCAGCGGGGGAGGCUGAAGAGUACGCAGCGGGGGAGGCUGAGGAGUACGCAGCGGGGGAGGCUGAGGAGUACGCAGCGGGGGAGGCUGAAGAGUAUGCAGCUGGAGCUGAGCCGUAUGCUCCUGAGGACUCAGAGUACUCAGAGGAGUGUCUGUACACCUGAGUCUAGGCUGAGGGAGGUUCAGUCAGGACUUAGAAUGACACACAACAACAACAGCCAGCCCCUAACUCAUUAACAUCGACCUCCAUGGACCUCCUGCAGGAAGCUCCUCUUGGUUUUGAACCCUGAACACCAUAACAAGUUACUUUUUAUUUAUUCUGGGUUUCCAUCUGAUCCUGUUUACUUUGACCCUUUUCUCAAAGCGUUCAUGGAUAGGAAGAGAUCAUGAUAAAGCAUCUUUGAGAUUUCACCACACUUCUUUUAAGAGCUUGUCUGGACUGAUCAUGUAUCUGUAAACCAUCGUACAUUAAGGCUGGGUAUGGAAACACUAUCAUACCAAAAUAUCCUCCAUCAUUUAACAAAGCAGACAAUGAUUCAGAUCUGAACUGAGUCAUCUAAACUAACCGAACAAUAUGACUAACUGAUCCCUGUGAAGAAACUACAAAUCAGGACAUCUGAUGCUUCAAACACUGUUCUAUGAAGACGUUAAUACAGUAUGAAAGAGUUCAACUCAGCCUUAGUGUCCACAAAGAGAUGUCCAAGUUAAGUUUCUUUGUUUGUGAAAGUCUGUAAAUUUACACAACCUGCCCGCACAUACUCUGGUCUGAGUCUGUUAUCCACUCAGAUGUGAGCUGUAAACAUUCUGACACUAAAACAACUGUAGAUCACUGAAGUCAACACUCAGCUUCAACAACAACAGAAAAUACAUUACAGUUUCUCUUGGUGUUUCGGAGUGAGGGCUCUUUUCUCACAGAAGAUCUUUGACGACUGAAGACAGCAGCCUUCCCAGAGUUGAAUUAAAGCCUGUUAUCAAUAUUUACUAAAUUUACUCUAAAAUAACAGCUGAUAAGAUGUGCUCUGUAGGUUAAUCACUUACUGCUAUUUAACGAUAUUGCAACAGUUAAGCUGCAUUUCAACCAAGAGUUCCGGGGUCUUUUAGCCCCCAGAACUACUUUACCCUGAACUAAAAGGUUCCUGUGCCCCCAUUGUUGUCUGCGUUUCGACCGCGGGCUGAAGUCCCGGGUAAAUUGUGCAAAUCAGGCCAGUGACGUAUGGAGAAAAAAAAGUAAAUGCACUACACCACCAGACCAGUAGAGGGCAGUAAAACAAAGACGAAUGCCAUUCAUCACAGAUGGAUUCACUGAAUCAACACGUGAGAGGAGAUAAGCGCGAGUAGCAAAGACGUUUCGACACGCCUUUAAAAUCCUUUUGAACUCAAAAAGCCGUGACAGAGAUCGGCCGGUGUUUUGGUUUAAACAGCGACCCUGUUAACUGGAGACUUUCAGCCGGAUGCAUCCCUCAUAAACGUCUUUAGACGAUCAUUAAAUAUCUGAUGAGGAUAUUUUGAAAUCUUAAUAAAAACUAAACUAGUUUGCAUUCCCAGGAACUCCCUCUGUGUUUCAACAGCUGUGUAAACUCCACAAACACUGACAAGUUCAGCUGAAGGUCUCCAGUUUACAGGGUCACUUUUAAAACCGUAACACCGGGAGAGACACAUUCACGGUUGGCUGAGAGAAGACUACUGUUACAAGCUGCUAAAUCAAGAGAAUCACAGCUUCUUCUUUUGAAAAGUACACACACAUACAAAAAAGAUAGAACAAAUCAAAACUAAUGAAAGAAAGAGAAAUCAAGAGAAUCACAGAUGUGUGUGAUGUUAUUGUGGGCGGAGGGAGGAAUAAAAACACUGAGGUUAAUCUACCAAUCAGACACGUUCAGCAUUGCAGGCCCUGCCCCCGAAAGUCCCGGGACCUUUGAAAAGUACUACCCCCCCAUAGCAGGGGGUUUUUAGGGGGGAGAUUAUCUACCCCUGAACUAAAUUUAGACCCUGGGUUCACUGGUCGAAACGCACAUAGUUCAGAGGUACAGUCCCUCCGGUUGGAAAACGCCUUUAGAGGCUGUAGUGUUCCCUCUUUCAAUCACAGUCCAAAGGUGCCCUCUAGUGGUGGGUCUAUUUAUGACGGGAGGAAUAAUAAUGCAAGGUAAACAAUGUUUGGAUCCUUUGAACACAAAGUCAAAGUUCUGGUUUCAUGUAACUUCUUCACUGAACAACACUGAGGUACUGAACCAGCAUACUUUAAACCAUAGACACGGUGGUACUCUCAGAUAUUGAGUACUGCCUGUUUUGAAAAGCCGACACAGUAAAGGAAAGUCUGCAUCAGCCCAAACACAAUGUCUCAGACUGACUCGGGACAUGUUUCACACAGAGUGUAGUAAAGUCAGGUCAGAGUAGAUAUAACCUGGGUACCUGCUGUGGGGGUUUCCUCACAGAGGGACUUGUCAGCUGUGGAAGUCUCAGUAAAGAUGCUUCAGAUCUACUUCUUCUACUUCAUGUUUCAUGAACAGAGUUUCAUCUCCAGUGAAUGUUUUCAUUGUUCACACACGUUCUUUCCUUCCUGUCUGUGAGUACCAUCAUUUCUAAUUCUGGUGAUGAAGGAGCAGACGUCUUUGCACUUUCAGAUCAGUCCCUGUAGCCGGGGAUGAUGUCCUCACUGUACAGACAGACAGACAGAAGGAGAGAGCUGAGGCUGCUCACACACACAGGAAGCAGUUUGGAGAAGAUGAACCUGUUGAAGGUUUUUAUUUAUUUACGCUACAGAAGGUUUUUGUGUUGGUUUCAUUAAUGUUUGCUCAUCCUGUGUAAACAUCUAAAGCUGCUGAACCCUGCAGCAGACCUCUCAUCUUGUUUCUGAUCAUCUGAUUGUUGUUACUUGCAGGUUUUACUGUUACAGGAUGAGCGUGGGAUUUAUUCCUGUCAACUAAGAGAUCUAUUUUUUUCCAUGUCGUCUGAAGGGUUGAUAAAAAAGGAGAAAAGUAUUCAAGCUAAAAAUAAUGUUUUGAGACUGGAGGUUGAUUUGUUGAUGAAAGUAGGAGGCUGUUGAAAGGAUCGGUGUGAGUUUAGAGUCUAAAUUAGAUCCUCUAAAGCCUCAGAGUUCAAGGAUGUGUUGAAAAUAAGCAUUUUGUAGAAGUUGAUGUCAUUUUAUAUAAAGAUAACUUUUCAUUUUUCAGUCGUGUGGAACGAGUAAUGAAAGAUCCUAAAGGGAUGAACAGUAGAGUCCUGUCAUUUCAGACGCAGCAGUCAUCAAAGACGAGAGUUAAAGGAUCAAUAAGCUUUUUUUUGUACUUCUGAGUUCUGUGGUUUAUUGAAGGACUUUUGAAUAUUUCCCCUCUCCAGGCGUUACACGGGGCUUUAAAACUCUAACAGAGACGUAGCUGCUUUCAGAACUCUGUACUUACUGUCUAUAACAGAGGAUAUUUACCGCAGAGAUCUUUAAAGUGAUGUCAGAUUAGAAAGUGAUGUCAACGUUAGAAGACUUUUUUAGUCCAUGUGUCCUCAUACAGGACACGUGGUUGGAUAUUUUAGUACUGAAUGUCUUUAACCUUCCAGUUAAAAGCAGGUUUUUUGGAUGUUAUUUAUACAAAGAGGGCUCAUGCAUAUUGUAUAGAACAUGGCGAGUAAAAGACAAAUGGCCUUUCUGUUUCACAUCAUUGUUCGUGUGUUAGCUGUUCUGUGCUUCAGAUUUCAUUUCAGUAUGAUUUGUGUAUAACUGAGGAAAGAUGCUGCAGACGUGCAUUAAGUAAAGACAUGUUUUAAGAGAA